GUGCAUCUAAUCUAUGAUACAGAAUUAUGGUGCAUUCUUGGAGAAAGACGGAGCAGGGUUUAGAUGGCAAGUUAAACUUACUGGAUUUCAAAAUGGGGAUAUAGACCUCUCAAAGUCUUUAUGGACCUACCAGGUUGGGCACAAGGGAGAAUUCUUGAAGAUAUAUGCUGCAGAAGAAAAUGAAAAGGCAGGGUGGACUGAUUUAACUCCAGAUGCUGAUCCAUCGAUAUUAACUUGGUACAAGAAAUUGGAGGAGAAAAUGAUCUUGAGAUGGCCAAGAGCAAACAUCAUCCAGACUUAAAAGAAGAACAUCAAGAAGAUUGGAUGAUUUUGUGUGAUCGAUGGUGUUCUCUUGAAUUUAAGGAAAGAGCAUUAAAGAAUACUACCAAUCGAUCAAAGAGAAAAUGGGAGUCGAAAAAUGGUUCAGUCUCCACACCACGACAUCACAUUCGACGUGGAAUGGUGUUAACUUCUCCUACCGGUCAAAUUGAGACAUGGCGUCUAAAGCAUUAUGAUGCUGAGAAAGGAUGGACUGGAAUAGAGCUCGGGCCAUUAUAUGAUAAAAUGAUGGAGUUAAGGGGUCAACAUCCUCCAGAAGAACUGUCUGAUAAAGAGAUUAUGGAGCGUGUACUUGGACGUGAUUUGGUAUACUUGCGAGGGCGGGGGCGGUCUCCUAGUGUCACAACUUCUACUUCACAUCGUGAAAAUAUUGUGGGUAAUCAACCAACUUAUGAAGAGUUAGUUGAACGACUUAAUGAUACAACUUCCCUCCUUAAUGCUACUAACGAACAACUUAGUGUGGUUGUGGAUAUACUUCGUCAUAACAAUUUGAUGGCACCGCCUCCACCACCUCCAACAGACCAAGCUUCAGAUGCAAAUUUAAGAGAGUCGCCAUCUAUUUCAGUUCGGGAGUCACAAGAUGAUUCUUAGUUUAUUUACAUUAAUUUACUAAGGAAUGAACUUUAUGAAGUUCUUUUUAUUUUUGUAGGGGUAACCUUAAAAUGAUAACUUUAUGACUUAUUUUAGUAUUGACCAUUAUAAAGAAUUUUAGCAUUAAACAUUUUAUUAUUGAA